AUGGCCUCGAAACCAGCCUCCUCGCCAACCGCGUCACCGACCGCAUCGCCCUACCCCUUCGCCGCAGCGCCAGACAUUGUCCGCGCGCACCAGAAGGACGCCUACUUCACAGGCCACCUGGCCAACACCAUCACCGACCUCUACCGACGGCUCUUUGGCGCCCGCGCGACGCACUCCCUCGCUCCGGAGCUGCGCGCCCUCGCAGCCGUCCUCUACUUCGGCCUCACGACGCUCCCGGGAAACCGCACCCUCGGCGAAGAAUACUGCGACCUCGUGCAGGUGGAGGCGCCCGCCGGCCGGCUCCCCGACGCAAGAAAACGCGCCGCCUACAUCGCCGGCGCCAUCCUCCUCCCGUACCUCGCCGGCCGCGCGCUGCCCCGCCUCCGCAGCCGCCGCAAAGGCGACCAGGCCGCCCGCGAGGCCCGCGCCUGGGAGUACCUGUCCAGCCACCUGCCGUCGCUGACGUCGGCCGCGCCCGUCCAGGCCGUGACCCUGGCCCUCUUCUACUUCAACGGGACCUACUACGACCUGACGAAGCGCCUCCUCUCGCUGCGCUACGUCUUCACCCGCGCCGUGCCCGACUCCCCCGACCGCGGCGGCUACGAGGUCCUCGGCGUGCUGCUCGUCAUCCAGCUCGCCCUCCAGAGCUACCUCCACGUCCAGUCGACCCUCUCGUCCGCCGCCCGCCGCGAGCGCGAGCGCGAGCCCGGCGCCCUCCCCCCCUCCACGCUCGACGUGUCCCUCGACCACGCAAACUCCUACUCGGCAAACAGCGACCUCCUCCUCGCGGAUCUCGGGCGCGCCCGCGGCCCCCACGAGAGCAGGGUGGACGUGGCCCUCGCCACCCACACGCCCUUCUCCCCCUCGGCGCGCUUCGACCUCGCCGACGCCAAGUCGAUGCGCUACGUCAAGGGCCCCCAGCAGCGCAAGUGCACCCUCUGCCUGGAGGAGAUGAAGGACCCCUCGGCCACCCAGUGCGGCCACGUCUUCUGCUGGGAGUGCAUAGGCGACUGGGUGAGAGAGAAGCCGGAGUGCCCCCUGUGCAGGCGGGAGGCCACCCUGCAGCACAUUCUGCCCCUGAGGGUCAUGGUCGCGUAA